AUGUGUGAGUCAUGCAUUACCUUGUUUGAUUUACCUAAUGAAAUGUUACUUCUUAUUCUGAAGAAGCUUAACAAUAUAGAUGUUCUCUAUUCAUUAUUUGGUGUUGAUAAUCAACGACUUGAUCCUAUAUUACAAAGCGAAGCUUUCAUUAAGACUCUCAAUUUUGUAUUAACAACGACAAGUAAUGAUGUUUUACCGAUUGCUGAUUCGAUACUUAAUCGAUACUGCAUUGAUAUCUUGCCUAAAAUCAAUUGCAAUGUUAGAUCCCUUAUUCUUGAAUCAGAGUGUAUGGAACGUAUUCUACUCGCUGCUGAUUUUCCUAAUUUAACUGAACUUAAACUGUAUAAUGUUAACGAUUAUAUUGUUUCACAUUAUUUUACAGUCGAAUCACCAUUUCGACAUAUUUUUCAACAACAAAUUACCGAUCUUAUUCUUGUAUGCAAGAACGAAUUUAACAUAUUAUUAAUGAAUAAAAAUGCAAAAUUUGUGUACGAAUAUACUUUCAAACUCUUUGAAAAUCUGAAACACUUAUCUGUUAUCGGAUUACCGCCAAUUUUCUCAAUUAAUUAUAUAUCUUUGGCUACUUGUUUCUCUUCAAAUCUUUACAAAUUAUGUCUUCAUAUCAAUACUUUCGAAGAUUGUUUUGCUUUACUUGAUGGUCGUCUCAAACAUCUGUCUAUGUUGAUUGUUAAUAUUAAUAGUACAGAAUAUCAUCCAUCAGUUGUUUACAAUAUUAAUAUGCUGCAUAAUAUGAAAUAUUUCUCGUUAACCUGUCGUUGUCCAAAUGAUGAAUAUGAUACUCAUGUUGUACCUCUUCUUCGUCGUAUGUUUAAUCUUGAAGAAUUAAGUUUGAAUAUUAUUAAUGAGAAACGAAGUUCAUUUGUCGAUGGCACUCAAAUUAACGAAAAAAUUCUUAUUCAUAUGCCACGACUUUCUAAAUUUACUUUUUAUAUUAGUACCAAAACUAAACUAAAGCAUAUGGUUCAUCACUUAUCGAACGACGAUAUUCAACAAACUUUUGUUAACAUAGGAUAUGAACAAGUAUGUUGUUUUCUAAAUCGAAUUACCAAUAGUGUUGUAUGCAAUGUUUUCUCAUUACCGUUUGCAUUUGAUUAUCUUGAAUAUGUUGGAAAUACUUUGCCGUCAAUGGCUUUUAGUCGUGUUACCCAAUUGAUGAUGCAUGAUAUACGUCCAUUUUUGCAUGAAUUUUUCAUGCGAAUUGCUCGCUUUUUCCCAUUACUUAAAAAAAUGCGUAUUCUGAAUAUUCAUCCGCAGUUACAGAUGUCACACAAAUUGAAUUCCAAUGAUAAUCAAUUGCAUUCAAUUGUUGAAUAUCCUUUUCUUAUAUCGCUUUCUAUCUUCUAUACUCAUAUUGAUUAUGUCGAACAGUUUCUCAAUCAAACAAAAACACAUCUACCUCGUCUUACUGAAUUAACAGUCGAUUAUGAUGAAUUAAGAAUUGUUACAGAAAACUUUACAAGAGAUACAACACGUCUUAAUUGUAUUAAUGUGAAAAAUUUAAUUUUUGAAAAGUUAAUUGUACAUUCAGAAGAUUUUUAUACUUAUUUUCCUUUGUUGUAA